AUGGAGGACCCUGAGAAAAAGCUGAAUCAGAAGAGUGAUGGCAAACCCCGGAAAGUACGAUUUAAAAUCUCCUCCUCCUACAGUGGUCGAGUAUUGAAGCAGGUCUUUGAGGAUGGGCAGGAAUUAGAGUUACCAAAGGAGGAAUACCCUCACAGUUUUCUGCAAGAGUCUCUUGAACCAAUGGAUGGUGUUUAUGGGUCUGGGGAAGUCCCCAGGCCCCAGCUGUGCUCCCCUAAGCUGACUGCUCAGAGGAUCAGUGUAUUUAGAGAGGGUAAUGCCUACACUUUGGCAGGCGGCCAGCCUCGGUUCAACGAUUACAAGGCGAAUGACCAUAAGCCCCUACCUAUUAUAGAUUUUGGAAAGAUAAUCAUCUACACUAAUAACCUGAAAAUCAUUCGAACCCCAAUGGACAAGAGAGAUUUUGUGAGGAAAAUUCUCCAGAAGGAAGAGGAGGCUGAGGAAGAGUCUCUGAUGAACAAAGAAGAAAGCUAUGGAGGCAGGGACCAGCACGAUAGACCUUUGGUGGAGGCAGAAAGCACAUUCCCCCAAAACCGGUAUACACAGGAAGGGGAUAUUCCCGAGGACAGCUGUUUUCACUGCCGAGGGUCGGGCAGUGCCACCUGCUCUCUGUGCCACGGCAGCAAGUUCUCGAUGCUGGCCAACAGAUUUAAGGAGUCCUAUCGGGCCCUGAGGUGCCCUGCCUGCAAUGAGAAUGGCCUACAGCCUUGCCAGAUUUGCAAUCAAUAG